AUGGCUGACACGUUAGAAUUUAACGAUAUCUACCAGGAGGUGAAAGGAUUUAUGAAUGAUGGACGCCUACGUUUAUCCAAAGCAGGCCUUAUGUACAAAAAUAACAAAACUGGAAAAGUGGAGAAUAUUGCAUCAGGUGACUUGUCAGAAGGGAUCUGGCGUCGUGUGGCACUUGGGUAUGGCGUCCGACUGUUAACCCGUACAGGUCAUGUGUAUAAAUAUGACGGUUUCAGAGAGGCGGAGUUUGAAAAGCUUUCUGAAUACUUAAAGACUCACUUUCAAGUUGAUUUGGUCGAGAAGGACAUGUGCGUGAAAGGAUGGAACUGGGGCACUGUGAGAUUUGGAGGACAGCUUCUCUCCUUUGAUAUUGGGGAACAGCCAGCCUUCGAACUGCCUCUCAGCAAUGUGUCUCAGUGCACCACCGGGAAGAAUGAGGUGACUUUAGAAUUCCACCAAAAUGAUGACUCUGAGGUCUCUCUUAUGGAAAUUCGCUUUUAUGUUCCUCCAACACAGGAUGAUGGUGGCGACCCUGUAGAGGCAUUCGCUCAGAAUGUGUUGUCCAAGGCAGAUGUGAUUCAAGCGACAGGUGAUGCAGUUUGUAUAUUCCGAGAACUGCAGUGCCUUACUCCACGUGGUCGUUAUGACAUCCGAAUCUACCCCACCUUUCUGCAUCUGCAUGGAAAAACAUUUGACUAUAAAAUUCCAUACACAACAGUUCUACGUCUCUUCCUUCUUCCGCACAAAGACCAAAGACAGAUGUUCUUUGUGAUAAGUCUGGAUCCUCCCAUUAAACAAGGGCAAACUCGUUACCACUUUCUAAUCCUGCUUUUCUCCAAAGAUGAAGACAUUAGUUUGACCCUCAACAUGAGCGAGGAGGAAGUUGAGAAGCGUUUUGAAGGAAAGUUGAAGAAGAACAUGUCUGGUUGUCUGUAUGAGAUGGUUAGUCGUGUCAUGAAGGCACUGGUGAACCGAAAGAUCACUGUACCUGGAAAUUUUCAAGGGCACUCUGGUGCUCAGUGCAUCACAUGUUCCUACAAAGCCAGCUCAGGACUGCUAUAUCCUCUUGAACGAGGUUUUAUAUAUGUCCACAAACCACCAGUUCAUAUCCGGUUUGAUGAGGUGCAGUGUGUAAAUUUUGCCCGUGGAACCACAACAACACGAUCCUUUGAUUUUGAAAUAGAGACGAAACAAGGCUCACAGUAUACUUUUAGCAGUAUUGAAAGGUUAGUGAUUGGGAUUCUGUGUCAUAUCUAA